GGCCGCGCACUCGCCCAACCGCAAGCUCCAGAAGUGGAGAGGGCGUGUGGGCUGGAACCUGGCGGAAUCCAGGUGUCCUAGCAGACGGCUGGAGCAGACGGCUGAAGACGUGGCUCCUCCGGGGCUCUAGCUGUAACUCUAGUCAGCCCUCUCUACCACUGGCCUCUUCUCUGCGCCCCCAGCUGGAGCAGAUACCCGCCAGCCCGGUGCAGCUGAACCUGCGUCCCAGGUGAGACUUGUGGGGCUCCCCGCACUCGCCCUGCCCUAUAGUAGCCCAGGGGUUGCCGGAAUGGGGGCCUUCUGCUAGCUGCCCAGCCUGAUCUUCCGUAAGGGAGGUUUAGAGGUGCCCUGCAUCACCUUCCGGGAGCUGGCCAGCUGCCCUCCCUUCCUGUUGUUUUCAAUCCACUGCGGACAGCGCUGAGAAGCCGCUGGCGGCUUCCUUUUGGCUUCUGGUUCGAUCUCUGCGGAGAACGCCAGGCCACAUAAUGUAAGGUGGCCAGAAAAAGAAUCCAAGGACCUCGAAGACUAGUGGACAACUCACAGGUCCUGAGAGAGGGGAGGAGUGUGCCGGAAGAUUCUGGUGGACGCCAUCUUCCUGAGGGCCAGGUGCUGCUGUCCCUGAACCCUGAAGACAAGAGAAAAUGAGCCACAGAGUGAGUGGACCUAGCAAGAUGAUCACAAGUUCUGUGUAAAACUGUUUCAGCUCGUGUUGGAAAAUGGAUGACUUGGAGACAGAGUUUAACCUGAAAGUCGUCUUGGUCAGCUUCAAGCAGUGUCUCACUGAGGAGGGAGAGAUACUGCUGGACCAUUACAUCACCAGCUGGAAGGGGUUGGUCAGGUUUCUGAACAGCCUGGGUACCAUCUUCUCAUUCAUCUCCAAGGAUGUGGUUUCAAAGCUGCAGAUCAUGGAGCACCUGCGAAGCAGCCCACAGUGUGACCACUACACCAGCCUGCAGUCCAUGGUAGCAUACGAGGUGGGCAACAACCUGGUAGACAUAGAUCGCCGCUCCCGCAACCCUAAGUCAGGCUGCCGGACUGUGCUGCGCCUACACCGUGCUCUGCACUGGCUGCAGCUAUUCCUGGAAAGUCUGCGAACCAGUCCUGAGGAUGCUCGCACCUCCACACUUUGCAGUGAUGCCUACAAUGCCUCGUUGGCUACCUACCACUCCUGGAUUGUGCGUCAGGCUGUCACUGUGGCGUUCUGUGCCCUGCCUACACGCAAGGUCUUCCUGGAGACCAUGAAUGUGGGGUCCUCAGACCAGGCAGUAGAGAUGCUGGGAGAGGCCCUGCCCUUCAUUGAGCAUGUAUAUGACAUCUCCCAGAAGCUCUAUGCUGAGCACUCCCUGCUGGACCUGCCCUAGUGGCCAAUGCCCAGACGAGGUAGACUUCCCCUGCUCAGAGCUGUGCUUGGGCAGCAUGGGGCCACUCCCAUGUGCUUUCAUGGUACCUCUGUUAACCCUGCAAGCUGAGCUUGUUGAGAGCCACAAACUGACAGGAAAGCUGGUAUGCAGCUGAACCAGGAGAGGUGGGCACUGGCCAUCCUCUUGGUCUAGGAUGAGAUACCUCAGCCCCAGCUUUUCCCCCAGCCUGAGUUCUAUGUGUAUUUUGUCAGGGAUCAUCAAAGUGGGGAAAGUGAGUGAGGAGGGCAGAGUAUGGGAGGUGAUAUAUAUGCCACAACUCAAGAUUGCCCCCACUGCCCAUGUGUGGAAUCUCUGAAAUAGUGUGAAGUCACGGGUCCCUGGAGCUGAAGCUUGGUUCUUCCCAAACCCUAUGUACCCAGCCAUGUGUAUCCGUCCUCUGCCCAUCUGAGAUCUGGGACACAUUGGAGCCAGAUAAGCAGCCCUGGGCCCACAUGCCUGGGGCCCCUCCAUAUUCCACUUGUUGUCUAUGGGCAGAAUGAGGCUCCAUAGGCUAUGGUGUGGGCACUGGGGCCUCCCCUCCUGCCCUUUACCUGCCUCCUUAUUAGCCUUUCUGCAUGCUGAACUGACCAGGGCCCCUUGUGUCCUUGGCAGUGGUAAUUGGAAGCCCAAGCCUGUAGUUGAGGCUUUGCUGGAAGAUCCUAAAAGGGCUUAGAACAACACCUGCUGCAUAGCAUCAAUCCUUAGGGGUCACAGCAAGUGGCCCCAUGAAGUGGUGCUCUGGCAGGGCACCCCAGCACAGCUCAAGGGUCUGGGAGCUCAACACCACUGGCCAAGCCAGUUCUCACCCUUGCCAGUUAGCAUCCAGUGAGAUUCUGUCCUCUUUCAUCUCCUGCCCUGCUGCCAAAACCCCAUGGUGCCCAGACUCAUGUAGAACAUGGCUUGCAGAGGGGAGCUGGGCCCCCUUGCCUACCUGACAAAUGGCCAUACCCAGUGCUCAGGGACCUGGCCUCUCCCACUGGCUCUUCAUAGUAAACCCUGGGGCACUCCCAUGGGAACAAUGUCAGUAAUAUAACUGAUAUGCAUAAUGCAAGCUUUUGGGUAUACCUGUUACCUCAAGAACUGUGAUAUAUGUAUUUCCAACAUAAAUAAAUUACAUCUAUGGGA